CUCUACAUCAACGGAGUAUACGCUGUGAAAAAAAAACGUUUUCUUUGACAAUCACUCUCGUCCGCAGUGAAACGUAAACAAAACGUUUGAGAAAUUCGUGUUUCCUUUGAGUCGUACUUACAGUUUUCUCCUGAGGUGAAAGACUGUUUGACCUGUGAGAAAUAUCUGCAACAAUGGUUCUGCUGGUUUCCCACGUGUCUGGAUCUCGGAGAACAUGGUGCCUGGAGAACAAAUGUAUGACAGGAGCUGAUAUUUUUGAAGCUCUUGUGGGGAGAGAGGGGGAGAUCCAAGAUGUUGUCCUGCAAUCCAAAGGGCAAAUCCUGUCCUCAUCCUCGGUGAUAUCGGAGGAUGAAACUGUCACAGCAACACUAAGGCUCCCUGGUGGCAAGGGAGGUUUUGGGUCUAUGCUGAGGGCAAUAGGUGCUCAAAUCGAGAAGACAACCAACCGGGAGGCAUGUCGGGAUCUCAGUGGUCGGCGCUUGAGAGAUAUAAAUGAGGAAAAGAGAUUAAAGGAAUUUAUCAGCAAGAAAUCAGAAAGAGAACGAGAGAUACAGGAACGUAAGCGCCAAAAAUUUGAAAAAUUGAAGGAAACUCCAAAACACAUUUUCCAGGAUGAGUCAUAUUAUCAGCAGAGAGAAGUUCGGGAAAAAAAUUUGUAUGAUUCAUUAGACAAAGCUUUUUCCAAAGAACCAGGAAGCACCUCAGGCUCCCAGAAAAGAAGUUCCUCAGAAGAAGCAAAGCCAGUUGUCAAACCUAAGAAAGGCAGAUUUUUAGAUGACUUGGACGACUCAAGCGACGAUGACAGCAAUAGUGAUGAGGAAGAAGCAAAGAGCAGCACAGGAAAUUCAUCAGAUGAGAAGGAAGAUAACAAGCCAUCAGGACUGGAGAGUGGAAAAGAAGAAGAGCCAGACAGUGCCACCAAGGAGACAGUGGCAGGCUCUGGGGCCAAGGGAGAAAGUGAUGCUGGAUACUCUUCUAAUAAAGAAAGUGAUGAAGAUACCUCCUCUAGGGGAUGAUGUGAUUGCGUUUCUUUCCUUUCAUUUCUUUUUCUUUUGAAUUGUAGAAAAAUGUCAAUGUAUGUUGAUGUCCAUGUUUGACUACGUAUUUGUAUUUGGAAGUCGUUAUUUUUUAACCCUUGCCAUCCUUUUAGUUAUAUAUAUUCUCUUUUUUCUUAUUUGCAUAAUAUCAUUUCAAGCUGAAAUAUUAUUUACAAGAUCCUUAGAGAUAAGUGUCUCCAGUUAAUGUGUGCAUACCCAUUUAUUUUUGUGAACAGUUUUGAUUUGUCAUCAUUGAAUAGUUUUGUCCUCUCUGCCAUCUGCUGCAGGUUAACAUACCAUGUGUUAACAUAAGAUAAGUUUUUUAGGACUCACUUCUUUGUUAGCCAAUGAGCCUCAGCUGAUCAUUGCAACUGAAGAAUGGAGAACGUGGAGAACAAAGUAUAUUAGUUCCAGGGUUGCUUUUAUUUGACUUCGAGUAAUGUUACUCCCAGAUCUUCAUAAACAUAUCUUUGCUAUUUGUAGUAUUUUGAUGUUCAAAAAAGUUUUGAUAUGAUUGAAAAAAAGGUCUUUAUACAAAAUAUUUAGCCAUCAAGUAGUCAUCGCAUAUGAAACUCUGUACACCAUGAUGUAUCCCGUCCUAUAAGCCAAAACCUCCAAAUGUAUUUUAUUUUUAUUUUUCUACUUUAUUCACAUUACUUUGAUUUUAAAAUGUAUACUGGGAGAUAUUUAGUAAAAAGCAAUUGUACUUUGUCUGAUUUAUAUACGUAUAUAUAUAUCUAUAUUAGUGUAUCUCAUUUAUUGUAGGGUAUACCAUUUACAGAUUGGAAUAUGAAAUUGCCAUGGUUAAGUGCUAUUAAAGAAGAUGAUAUACUGUCAUUGGAAAAUUUUGCAAUAAAAAGAAAAAACACUAA